CACUCUUUUUUGUUAUUGUUUGGAAAUUUUUUUUCAAAUUCAAAAUUCAAAAUCAACAACAUUUGUAUGGCUAUGAAUUGCUCAAGCAGAUUGGUAAACUAUAAUUUUCAAUUCUGACAUUUAAUUUGUGAUAAUUGUCAAAAUCAUGGCUGAUAAUAAUGAAAAUUUUUAUGGCUCAACAACUUCUACCGUUAAUGAUCGUAUCAGUAAUAAUGUACCGUUAUUUGGUCCAUCAAUACCUGGUCAAAAUCAUUCAUCCAAUAUUAAAUUUGUCUAUUCGGAUACUGAUGAACAUUUAAAUGAAAUUGCCGAACUGUAUAGCUAUGGUGAAGAUGUUGAUUUUCCACCGAAUCGAUUUGCAUUCGAAGAAUUAAUGGAAGAUUAUGGUUAUCCAUUAAAAUGGACACACAUGUCUGAAGAUCAAAAACAUCGUGCUAUCGAACGAAUGGCUGAAGGUAUUGAAUUUAUUGAUCGUACCAACAGAAUUCGAGCCAUUCGUGGUUUAUUGUAUUUGUGUCAAGGAAAUUUCGCUGAUUGUCUAAUAAUUGAUGAACAGCCUAAAUAUGCAAGAAAAAAUAUAUUCCAUCUUUAUGAUUAUGGCCUAUUUCCAAUGUUUAUCCAAUUGAUUCAUUAUGAAAUUGAACAUUCAAUGAAGAUGAAUGUAUCAUCAUCCCAACAAGUGACUACUAGUACAUCAACUACAACUGCUACGAUGACAAAUUCAUCUUGCCAUUCAAAUGUUGCAUUACGAUUAUUGGUGAAUAUAAUCUAUUCAUUCGUACAAGAAAUGUCUGUCGAAUGUCCUGAAAGUGAUACCGAUUAUCAUCGAAAAUUACGUGAACAAUUCAAAGAGGAAUUAAUGCAACCAAUUUGUGGUGAAUUACUGCCAAUCUCAUUAUUCGAUAUGAUUGUUAAACAUUGUAAUGGGCAAGGGCCACCAAAUUUUCAAACGAAAAAAAUAUUAUUAUUAUUGUGGAAAGUAUUGCUAUUAACAUUGGGUGGACAUGAUGAAAUGCUUCGAUUGAAAAAUCAUUAUCGUAAAAAUGCUGGUCUGAAACCAGUGCCGGAUGAUACAUUGGAAGUUACACGACGAAUGUUUCCAGCAUCACCACCACCAACUGCAAGUGAAAUGAUUGACUCACAAAAUCAACGUAAAAUGAAUCGUCCAUUCAAAAGGCAAACAGUUGUGAAACAAAAUUCAUUCGGUGAUGAAUCAUAUACUACUACAUCAACAAAUUUCAAUGGUGAUGAAUCCAAUGUAAAUGGUGAUGAUGACAUUCUUAAUGAUGAUGCAUUUGAACCACCUGAUGGUAAUGGUAAUAAUGAUGGAAAUUCAAAUGAUACAAAUGAAAACUCCGAUCAACAAGAUACGGUUGAUGAAUUGACACCAGCAACACCGACACCAACAUCCACACAGAAUGAUGGCUCCCCACGAUCAUCUAGUCCAUUACCUGAAGAUGGUUUCCAAAAUACUAAUAAUGAUCGUCGUACAGAAUUGAAUAAUCUACGUGCUGCACUAAUGAUAUCCAAAGGUCUUCCUUGGCAAACAAAAGUACGACAAAAAGAUAUUGAACAAUUUUUUAACCAAGUAAGACAAAAAUUUCUUAAAUAUAAUUUACCCGAUGAUUAUACAACAACAGCUGGUUUGCCAACACCAAUUCUUGAAAGUAUUGAAGUAUUACGAAAACAUUUAUACAUAUCUUUAAGUGAAAUACAGAUCAAACGUGAAGAAGAAAUUCAUCGUUACCCAUUAACAAUGAAAGAAUUGGAUAAUGAAUCAUGUAAUUCAUUUGCUGAACAACUAUAUCGAGCAAUGUUGCCAAACUUGCCACAAUAUUUGAUUGCAUUAUUGAAAUUAUUACUUGGUUCAGUAUCGAAUCUGAAAUCCAAAAAUGAAUCGCAUAUUGUAUUGGCUGAUAUAAUGCCACCAGAACCACCGAUCAAUGUAAUACAAUCGAUGAAAAUGAAAAUUGAUCUAAAUCGUCAUCAGGAAAUAAUAAUUAAAGCAAUUUCUGGUAUAAUGAUACUGAUGUUAAAACAUUAUAAAAUCAAUCACAUUUACCAAUUUGAAUACAUCUGUCAACAAUUAAUGUUUGCCAAUUGUAUACCAUUGAUAAUCAAAUUUUUAUCACAAGAAAUGACGGAAUUUGUUCAAUCAAAAAAUACUAUUUCUGUAUGGGAUUUUCCAGUAUGUGUGAUUGGUGAACAGCCAGAGCUUUCAUCCGCUACGAUUGAAUUGUUGUCCGAAACACAACCAUAUUGUUGGCGUAAUAUGUUCUCUUCGAUAAAUCUUUUACGAAUAUUGAAUAAAUUGACAAAAUGGAAAAAUUGUCGUAUUAUAAUGUUGGUGAUAUUUAAAUCAUCACAGCCAUUAAAACGUGCAUUACGUGUACGACAUUCAAUGUUUCAGCUUUAUGUAUUGAAAUUAUUGAAAAUUCAAGCCAAAUUUUUGGGCCGUCAAUGGCGUAAAUCAAAUAUGAAAACAAUGUCAGAUAUUUAUGCCAAAGUUAGACAUCGAUUGAAUGAUGAUUGGGCAUUUGCCAAUGAUGUCGAUACAAAAUCCAUCUAUGUACAGACGGAAGAAUUUUUUCUACAAGCCAAUAUUAAUCGUUUUCAUUAUCGUCGUUAUGAGAAACCAUAUCCGAAUAAUAAUAUAAAUUCAAUGAUUGCAUCUCAACCAACACAAACAACGACUGCUGGUCAUUUGAAUGGUGGUGGUAAAUUAAAUGAUUAUAUAUCCAAUGGAUUGAAUGGAUCGGUAGUGACAAGUCCUUCAGCUACAGGUGCUGGUAUCGUGGGCAAUACAUUUUUCGAUUCAAAUAUUACAUCAACAACAGGAAAUCAAAUAUCAAAUGUUUAUAUACAACCACAACAACAACAACAACAAGCACUGAAUCCAGCAUUGGUGUCGAUUGCUGAAAAUGAUCUAUUACAACAACAAGUGGAUAAUAAUCUAUUGUCAGUGUUAAGUAAAGAGAUACGAUUAAGUAAAGAUUUUAAAAAGAAUUAUGAAAUAUGGCUUGAGCGUGAAGUAUUUCGAUAUGAAAUCAAUUGGGAUGAAUUAUUGGAUGAUCCAAGCAAUGCAUCGAUUGAUACGAAUUUUUUGGAUUUCAUUACCGAUAAAUCAAAUAUGAGUACCGUACGGCCACAAAAACAAUCAAACGUAGUAAUCACAUCAUAAUGGAUUAAUUGAUUGAAUCGAAGCAUUAGCUGGUAGCUAUUUUUUUUCUCAUAUUGAUUUACAAAAGUUUCUUUUUUCACAUUUUUUUUCUAUAUAAAAAAUUUUUUCAAAAAUCAAUUUUAUAUCACCAAUAGAUGGCGACACGUUUUCAAAUCUGUAAUCUAUUUCUCAUCAAAUUAAUCGUUCGUUUUAUUUUCGUUCGAUUUUUUUCGAGUGUUUGAGUGUGUG